CCCUAAAAUCAACAAAACUCAGAUGGCCUCUUGUAUCAAAAACAACAACUUGGAUUGAAGUUGAACUGAACUCAACUGUUCGCCGGAAAACGCCGCCGGAGUUUGUUCGCCGUCCACAACAAAUAGUCCGUAACUCGCCCCAAACAGUAUCGUACAAUGGGAAAGAAAAAGACAGAGGAUGCAGGUCCAUCUACAAAGUCUAAAGCAAGUAGCAAAGAUGUUUCUAAGAAGGAAAAAUUUUCUGUCUCGGCCAUGUUGGCUAGUAUGGAUGAAAAAGCUGAUAAACCUAAAAAAGCAUCUUCUACGAGUAAGCCGAAACCAAAACCUGCUCCGAAAGCUUCCACUUACACGGAUGGUAUUGAUCUUCCUCCAUCUGAUGAUGAAGAGGACGAAUUGGAUGAGCUAGAGCAAAAGCAUAGGCCUGAUGUGAAGCCGCUUGAGGUGUCUAUUGCGGACAAGGAGUUGAAAAAGCGUGAAAAGAAAGAUAUUUUAGCUGCCCAUGUAGCUGAACAGACUAAGAAAGAAGCUCUUAAGGAUGAUCAUGAUGCUUUCACUGUUGUUAUUGGAAGCCGGACUUCGGUUCUUGAUGGAGACGAUGAUGCUGAUGCGAAUGUUAAAGAUAUUACGAUAGAAAAUUUUUCGGUGUCUGCUCGGGGUAAAGAACUUUUGAAGAAUGCAUCAGUGAGGAUAUCACAUGGCAAAAGGUAUGGUUUGGUUGGGCCAAAUGGAAUGGGAAAGUCAACACUAUUGAAGCUUCUUGCUUGGAGGAAGAUACCGGUACCAAAGAAUAUUGAUGUUCUUUUGGUUGAGCAGGAGGUUGUUGGUGAUGAUAAAACAGCGCUUGAAGCCGUUGUUUCAGCUAAUCUUGAACUUGUUAAAGUUCGACAAGAAGUUGCUGCUCUACAGAAUGUAGCUACUGAUGAAGGUGUAGAUGACAAUAAUAAUAAUGAGGAAGAGGAUGCAGGAGAAAAGCUAGCGGAGCUGUACGAACAAUUACAGUUGAUGGGGUCUGAUGCUGCUGAAGCUCAAGCAUCAAAGAUUUUAGCUGGUCUCGGUUUUACAAAGGAUAUGCAGGGACGUCCUACAAAAUCCUUUAGUGGUGGGUGGAGGAUGAGAAUUUCUUUAGCUCGGGCACUUUUUGUGCAGCCCACUUUAUUAUUGCUCGAUGAACCCACCAAUCAUCUUGACCUGAGGGCUGUUCUCUGGUUAGAAGAGUACUUGUGCCGUUGGAAGAAAACUUUGGUGGUUGUAUCACACGAUAGAGAUUUUCUCAAUACAGUAUGCACUGAGAUUAUCCACCUGCAUGAUUUGAAACUUCAUUUUUACCGGGGAAAUUUUGAUGCUUUUGAGAGUGGGUAUGAACAGCGUCGCAGAGAGGUGAAUAAGAAGUAUGAGAUUUAUGACAAGCAAUUGAAAGCAGCUAGAAGGAGUGGAAACCGGGCUCAACAAGAAAAGGUGAAGGAUCGAGCUAAGUUUGCAGCAGCUAAGGAAGCAUCGAAAAGCAAAAGUAAGGGAAAGGUUGAUGAGGAUGAGACCCAAGUAGAGGUACCACACAAGUGGAGGGACUACAGCGUGGAAUUCCACUUUCCUGAACCUACUGAGCUCACACCUCCACUUCUGCAGCUUAUUGAAGUGAGUUUUAGCUACCCUAACCGGGAGGAUUUCAGACUCUCAGAUGUUGAUGUUGGCAUUGAUAUGGGGACUCGUGUUGCCAUUGUUGGGCCUAAUGGAGCUGGAAAAUCUACAUUGCUAAAUCUUCUUGCUGGCGAUUUGGUUCCAAGUGAAGGUGAAGUUCGACGGAGUCAGAAGUUGAGGAUAGGGAGAUAUUCCCAACACUUUGUGGACCUACUAACAAUGGACGAAACACCUGUUCAGUACCUUCUUCGUCUCCACCCAGACCAGGAGGGACUUAGUAAACAGGAAGCUGUCCGUGCAAAACUUGGUAAAUUUGGGCUACCUAGUCAUAACCAUCUUACCCCCAUUGUCAAACUAUCCGGAGGGCAGAAAGCUCGGGUGGUUUUCACUUCGAUAUCCAUGUCAAAACCCCACAUUUUAUUGUUAGAUGAACCCACAAAUCAUCUUGAUAUGCAAAGUAUUGAUGCAUUGGCUGAUGCCCUGGAUGAAUUCACUGGUGGAGUUGUUCUUGUUAGUCAUGAUUCAAGAUUGAUAUCACGUGUCUGUGAUGAUGAAGAAAGGAGUCAAAUAUGGGUUGUUGAGGAUGGCACAGUCCGAACUUUCCCUGGAACGUUUGAGGAUUACAAGGAUGAUUUGCUGAAAGAGAUUAAAGCUGAAGUUGAUGAUUGAGCUCCCUCUUGUGAGAACAAUUUUUUUUUCUGGUGACAAUUUCCAAAUGUAUUUCUAUUUCUAUAUUACACUUGCCCCUCUUGUAUUCUGCUGCUAAAGAGGACUUAUCCACCCGCAGAUGCCGGAUUUUGCCUCUCUGCUCUUCAUCUUCAAUUCAACUCUAGAACUGAGUGUAAUUAUGCUGCGGGAAAUGCUACCAAUGCUUUUUGUAAGAAGACUAGUUUCAAAUUUACCAAUAAUAUAUAGGAAUGUGUGGUUAAACUUUUAUGACUAAAUAAACAUUUGUAUCAUUGCAAAAAUUGUUGGUGUUGUUUCUGUUCAACAAAUCCAUCUCAUAAUGAUGUCUUUUGAUUCAAAUUUUGAAGUACAAUAUACGUCCACUCUAAAUACCUUGUAUCUUCUGAUUUCAUAUCAAGUUGUUGUACUCUGUUGCAUUUCUUUUAAUGGAUGGGUAAGACAAUUUCUGGUUAA